GAUAAAUAUAAUAGGCCUUGAGUCAGCAGGACUACUGAAUUCACAUCAGUACUGAUCUCGACUUCAAUAGUGGUUCACGACUUUUGGCCGCGAUGUUUAAAAUAAAAUUUUUGUUUUCUUUAGUUUUACUUGUAGCUGUUUUAGAUUAUAGUUCAGCUAAAGUCGCACCUGAUUACAUCAAAAUAUGUCCCGGUCUAAAGUCAGAUUGUUUGAAGAAAACUGUUCAAGAAACUUUACCACUAUUCGUAAAGGGUAUACCUGAACUGGGCGUCGAACCAAUUGAUCCAUUGAGGACAGAAGAAAUUAUUAUGGUCCUGCCUGGAGGAUUCAAAGUGGAAUUCCGCAAUGGAACUUCUACUGGACUGAGAAAGUGCACCAUUGAUUCUGUAGAAUACCAAAACGCUGAAGCCAAUAUGAAAAUGCACUGUGAUUUAAGUGUUAAAGGAAAGUACAAGGCCAGUGGAAGAAUACUGAUUGUAUCGAUCAACGGCAAUGGUGAUGCGAAAAUUAAGAUCAAAAAUGUUGCAUUGGAAGCCAAGAUUAAGUUCCAUGACGUUACUCGAGAUGGAGUGGUAUACCAUGAAGUAAAGAACCUGAUCAUUAACCAGAACUUCGGAGACAAGGUCACGUUCGGUCUCACUAAUUUGUUCGAAGGAAACCCACAACUGAGUGAAGCUGUGCUACAGUUUUUGAACCAGAACUGGAGACAAGUAUCCGAGGAGUUUGGCAAACCUCUUGUCGACAAAGUUGUCGAUAUAGUAACCGGAAUUGUGAAGAAAUUCUUCGAAAAAGUACCGAAAGAAGAACUGUUCAUCGAGUCAGAGUGAUAUUUUAUUACGGACUAUAAAAACAGAAUUUGGUUGUGAAAUGAUUAAAAAAAUAAAUAAAUGUUAUAAAAAAAAUAAUAAAUAGAAAAACUUAAUAAAAAAGUAAAAAAUCAAUUGAAAA